AUGGAAAGUACUAGAAGGGCCGCAGGAACACUCAGACGUCAGCCUUGGGACAACUUAAUCGGCACAACAGAGCCCCAUCGUCUGUUCGAGACGGAGUACUGGCUUUCGAAGGGCUUCGAUGGCCGUGACACGAAUGCUCUAUCCGACUCUGUGGAACUCAAGCCCGGGGCUCGGAAUCUGGUGCCCAGGCCCAUGUUCAGUUCUCGUCCUCCCCCAGUGUCGUCACAGGUGCAGGACACGCUCCUGAAUACACGAGAGAUUGAGGCUGUGCAGCACUCUCAUGCCUUGUCUCUCUGCUCUUCUGCCACAGCCAUGUCCCGUUCCCAUUCCUCGCCUAUCCGCAAGUUGCCGUCCGGCCCGUCUCGUGUUGUGUCGCGUCACAUCGUCGAGCUUCAAGCGGCGGUGUCAUCAACUCACAUCAAUUGCUGCUUCACUGGCGGCACGGUAUCCGUACGCGGUACGCCUCUGAAGACUGAAGCUGCCGCUCCGGCCCCCGAGUCCCGGUGGCGGUUCCCGCUCCAACGGCAUCGACUGUGUCUGCCAACUUCGCGUGCCACCAUCGCUAGCGAGCGGACCGGGCUGAGUCAAAAUAGCACCAAGACAUGCGCUAUCGUUGGGAAAGCUUCCAGUCCAAAAGUGACGAAUUUCAGUUCCUGGCGGCGUCCAGGGAGACGCUAUGACCACGGCAUCAAGAGUUCGAGACCCCUUCGUCACCUCCAGCGUCUCGGCUACCCACGCAACGCUGCUCCCGAGGCUUUGCCGCACCUGAGAAUGUGGGCUACACACCCUGAAACCCUGGUAACAUGCUGGACAGCUGGAAAAUCGAAUUUGGGACCCAUUGCAGCAUUUUCCAAGGUGUUUCAAGAUGUGCUGGGGAGUGCUUGUCACUUCAUAUUACCGACCAAUGUCUUCCGUUCCAAGCAGCCAAAUCUUCGCUGUAUUUGCCAUAUUAUGAUCCUCACGGGUGUUUGGCCAUGUCUCUGGGGUGUGGGCCGCAGCCGUUCGCAGAAUUCACGGGAAUCUGAUGCAGCCCCAGGCAUUCUCACGUAUCGAGUCUUCGUCUCGUAUCUUUCUGCACGUGCUCCCGCCCGCGAAGCACCGCAGAGUCGACUCGCGGGUGAUGCUGCACAGGUGUCAUGUUUGAGAUGUCGGGAUGAACUCUGCGGCAGCCUCGUCCCCAACACUGGCAAAAAACCAACACGGCUCUAA